UAAGUUUUUUUCAAAUUGUGCGAAAAAUAAAAAAAUUCACGAUUCCGGUUACCGCAACCGUUACACUACGGCCUUUACACCCCGCAACCGCAACCGCGUCACCGCCACCGUUACGGCGACCGCAACCGUUUUUCAGAACCUUGCACCUAGGCUACCGAUUAUCGGACACCUUCACUUACUAGGGAACCUCCCUCACCGGUCUCUCCAUGCUCUCUCCGAAAAAUAUGGCCCUAUGUUAUUGCUAUACUUGGGUGGUGCUCCAACUCUGGUUGUCAACUCUGCAAAGAUAGCAAAAGAAAUCAUGAAGACUCAUGACAUUGCUUUUGCAAACAGAGUCCAAACAAGGGCUGCUGAUGCAUUAAUGUAUGGAUGCACUAGUCUAGGGUUUGCUCCGUACGGUGAGUAUUGGAGACAAAUGAGGAGAAUCUGUGUUUUGGAGCUUCUGAGCAUCAAAAGGGUGCAAUCAUUCCAUUUUGUUAGAGAAGAAGAAGUUGCGAUGAUGAUUGAGAAGAUACGGAACAACACGAGCCUUGAUGGAGGAGCUAAUUUUGUCAACCUUGGAGAUAUGUUGGUUGAUACCAUGACUAGCAUAAUAUCCAGAUGUAUUCUUGGGAAGAAGUAUGGAGAGGAUAAUAAGAAGAGAUUCGGACAGUUGGCGAGAAACGGAAUGGAGCUCUUGAUUGAGUUUUCCUUCCAAGAUUUCUUCCCAUCUUUUGGAUGGAUUGAUGCACUAACUGGUUUGGUUAAAAGACUCAAAGACACUUCACAAGGAUUAGAUGCUUUCCUUGAUGAUGUGAUUGAAAUAUAUCAAACUUCAAAAGGAAAUGAUGAUCAGCCUGGUAAUAAGUGUCUGAUUGAAAUUCUGCUUCAUCUUCAGGAGGAAGGCAAGCUAGAGAUUGAUAUCUCCCAAGACAAUCUUAAAGGAAUUUUACUGGUCUCUCUCUCUCUCUCUCUCUCGGUGUCCCUCUAUGUGUGUGUGUAUACCAGUCGUGAAUUGGGUGACACGGUGGUGAAAUUUUUUAAAUCAUCUAUUAGUAGCAAAGAGAGUUUCAUAGUUGCUGAACUAGCAGUAGCAAAGGUUAAUCUUCCUAAAUCGGUGCUACGGUUAAUCUUCCUAAGUCGGUUAUGAAAUAAUACAUAUAACAAAUUGGGUUAUAAGUACGAUAUUUUCAUUCCCACUAAUAUGCCUAUUUCUAUUAGUAUUAGAAAGGCCAAAAAAUUGUUGUUACAGGAAUCAUUUUAAAUACUGAUAUAUACCAUAUCAAUCAAUAUGUAUAUGGUUCUAGCCAUUUUGAUACUGAUACAUCCCAAUAUAUUGCUGGGAAUGAAAAAAAUCAUGUUUAUUGAUCAAUUCUCGAUAUCUAUAUCAGUUCAUAGCCAAUUCCUCUUGUAUAUGGCGGCCGAAGAGGCUGCCCUGGUUUCUCAUUUGGAGUCCUAAUAGUUGAAUAUGUGCUUGCAAACCUCUUGUAUUGGUUUGACUGGAAGUACCCAAGUGGUCCAGUUAGAGAAGAGGACUUUGACAUGAGUGAGGUUACUUCCCUGGUUGUUCACAAGAAAAUUCCUCUUCAACUUGUUCCAGUUUUGCACUCUCCUUCAUUCAUCACCUAAGUGAUCAUCCACAUAUAUAUAUGGUCACAUAAAAUCAAUGUAUGUGAUAGUUCCUAAUUUGUUUCCUCCUAGUAUGUUAAUUUGUUUUCUGCUGAACUAUAUAAAGCUUGAAAUAAAGGCUAUUGUCUUAUUAUUCAAGUCUCUUGAACCACAUAGCUUGAUGUGGUGUCAAUUGACACCACUAAAUUCAGAUAUACCACUGAAAAAAAUAUAUUAUUACUCAUAUUUUUAAGUAAAAUUGACACAAAUGAUUUACAAAAAUUGAACCCAUAGUUGAAGUUAGGUUUAUUUUUAAGUAAAUUUCUCUUUCUUUUGUUUCCUUAUUUUUCUGUUGUCAGGAAUAGAUGGGGAGGGGGAAUUCAUGAUACUAUGUUUCACUUAUUAACAGCUUGCAAGUAGCUAAAUGACUAGAAUUGACACGUAAAUGAAGAGAAACAUAUUCAUUUUGUAAAUUUAUUUAUUGAUUUUUUAUUUUUUUACUACGACUCGAUCUAGCUACAAUCAUUGGAAGAUAAAAGAUAGGAUGGUUCUAACUCAGUCAUAAUUUAUAGUGAGCCCUGAAGUUUCAACUGGCUGAAAUGUUGGUCUUCAGAUAGGAUGGUUCUAACUCAAUUAUAUGGAUCUAUUAAUAUGAGAUCUCUCUGGCAGAUUGAUCACACAACAAGUCCUUCUAUUGCCUUUAUUAACAACCUUUUUUUUUUUUUUGCCUUUUUUCUCUUUUAGCGGUGUUACUCUCUAGUUGAACUUUUUAUAUAGUGCUAGUUUUAAUCCUUGUUGUAAUAGUGUUUUAUUUUUAUUGUAGGUGGUAUAAAAAAUUAGAUUAUGAAUUUCAUUUAGAAAGGUUAAAGGUUUUAUAUGGUCUUGGUUUUUGUAUAUGCAGGAAGGUUUGUCACCCUUAAACUUUUAUAUUGAGGAUGAAUUCCAUUGUGCCACUGGUGGUGGAGCUGGAGGUGCCAAAUCCAUUACCAAUUUUGCCCCAGUAUAAACAUUAUUUUUCCAUUUGACUGUAAAACAGUUGAUUAAUUUCUCCGACAUCUGAAAAUUUCCUUGAAAUUUUUCCCUCAUAAGCUUGUCUUAACAAAUAAACCGUCAUACAUUGUGUGAUAGAACACAAGUAAUGCUUAUGUUGGAGCUAGCGAUUUCAUAUUAUCAUAAUGUUGAAUGAACAAAAAAAAAAUGCCACAAGAUUAUGGCAUUCUAUUUUGUUGGCAAUUUCCCUGCCCAUUGACACACGUUUUAAAAGGUUAGUCUGAGGUAGUCUAGUUUGUAACUCCCAUUAAUCUGGCUGAUUUUUGUUUGUGCAAUUGAUAAUUUUGGAUCAAAUGAAACGUUUGUAGGGUAAGUAGGAUAAGACAGUUAAGGGAAUGUGAAUUUUACGAAUGUGAGUGUUAAAAUGAGGGGAAAAUGAAACAUUGGUUCUUUUUACUUGCUUUUUUACAUACUAACACUUUUUUAGAGUAAAUUAUGUUAAUUAAUUUGUUUUUCCAUUGAGGUUCUUGGACAGAUGGAGGCACAUGAUUAUUGAUAGAGUGAGGUUGUGGCCUGUGAGGAAUGUUAUUGGGGCUUUUGGAUUCGAAAACAGUUUGUUACUCAUUAAGUGGAGUUCUUACCAGCUGCAGAAAAAGUAGCUCAUUUCAAAUGAGUCUUUGAUUUGGGUUAUUUUUCCCUUUGAUUCAAGCAGACCCACUCGAUGCUAAUUUUUCUUCUUCCACAUUUUUCUUAUACAAGACAAAUCUGGUUUUUUGUUUUGGUAAUAAUGAAUGGUUUAUAUCUGAGUAUUGGAUGUUUCUUUUAUACAGUUGAAAUAAUUGGUUUGCAUUAUCGGCUAUGGUGA